AGCCUUUUCUGCAUGGAGCCGCUCCGACCGCCAACUCAUUCAAUUGGCAGCCCUUCGGUUUACGCAACAAAAUCUACGAUCCAGAUCACGUUGUGCUGCUUCGGGACAUGACAGGCUUUUUGGCCCGCGGGAAAACUUCCCAUUGGACCGACAGCAUUCGCAGGCUUGGUUGAUGGAACGGGUAGAUAUCGUCGACGUUCAACAUGGUCCAUCUGGCAGAUGUUGGUAAUUAUUAGGUAGGUAUGAAGCACCUUGCCCUACCGCAUUAUUAUCUGACUCGCGCAAACCAGAACAAUGGUUUGUUGUUCUGUAGUACUUUGGCAGACCUUCGAAGCACCGGCGGACUUCUCACAACACGGCAUCUUGCAGCCCUGCGAAGUACAUACAAACACCUCUACGAGCACCUGCUUCAACGUUUAUUAGUUACAUUGUUAUCGUGCAUGGCCCUUUCGCCUAUCAUCUUGAAUCGUGUCAUGACAGGGCCCGCAACUUCGUGGAACAACAGGCCUCGAGCGCCAAUCAUGCGAAAACGUGGCCUCGGCAGCCGCUUCGCCAGGUCGCCCCGUCUCUACCGUUCAAAGUACAGUACGUACUACGGACACUACACUAACGUCUUCUUUCGUACAAACCCUGCCGUCAAACAAUUGCGCUGAAAAGGCCUGGUUUGUCCAGCCUUCCUCGUUUCAGCACAGAUCCAUAGAUCUGGUUGUCUGACGGAUACUGACGUGUUUCUGGACAGUCCCGAGAAAUGGUACAGACACGUACCUUGCAGUACUGCGGCCAGGGCUAAUGGAGACUGGGUUGG